AUGAGAGCUAUAUCGUUUUCUCGUUUUAUAAACUGGCCGAGACCGCUACAAUUUGUCAUCUCUACAUAUCCUGUCAUUGGUAAACGUACAUUUACCGUUGUAUGUAACAAUCCUCAGUCGACAAUACAUGCUAACGUGCGAAAUGUACGUGGACGUCAUGAUACAUCAUCAAGCAGUGAAGGCAGAUCAUUAUAUUCAUCGGAAGCAUCAAAUAAUUGGAACAAUGUUCCAGUUGUCAAAGCUUUCGCACAUGUCCCAAAUAAUUCAAACUAUCCGAUUAUAGCAAUUUAUUGGGAUGAUAGCAGUAAAUGUAAUCGAUUCAAGAAGCAACCAGGAAGAUCGAUAACAAAGGCUGAAAUUGAAGUCGUGUGCUUAGCACUGAAACAGGCAGUUUUUCAAAUGAAUUUGCCACGCGUCCAUAUUGUUACCAAUUCGAAAUUUGUUUGGAAGCAUUUUGGUAAAAUAUCAUUAUGGUGGAGUCUGGAUGAAUUUCUACAGCAAAAGUCGAUGACCUUCAGUUCCUGCUCCGCCGAAGCCCAAGAUCUAUACCGGUUAUUACACAUGAUCGAUGCAACGAUCGAAUACAAUUCUUCCACUAAAGAAACAGCUAAGAAAUUUUUCGAAAAUGUAGUGGGCAAGGAAGGAAGCAGGGGAGUAUCUGAUAUAAUUCCCGAAAAAAAGCUCGCUUCAGAAACCUUUUCAUCUAAAACAGUUUUAUCGAAAUUGCAGAAAAGCGCUGAUAAAAGUUUAUUUGUAUCAGAAACGUCGUCCGCAGCAGACUCGAAAAAUUAUGCUUCCAAAAAUCUGUUGGGUGAUAGUAUUCCCAUUGUCUAUACAUGUGGCGUUUUGCAUAUCGAAGGAAAUGAAAAAAAGUACGUCAAAGCAGGUUAUGGUGUUUAUUGGCCACAUGCACUAGAGCUGGGUACUGGAAAACGUUAUAAUUUUUAUCCAGUUACUUUGGUUCGAUGUCAAUUGCAAGCUAUAAUUGACGCUCUUCAACAGGCUGUGGAUCAAAAUUACCAUAGUAUUGUUCUUCGUACUGACAGUGUCUCUUUUUUGGUUCACCAUUCACGUCAGUGGUUGAAAGCCAAUGGUUCUUAUGUAAGGUAUCACGAUCAAUACGUCAGAAUCAUGGAUUUAUGUAAAGACAUCAAAGUAAGAUUUCAACCAGCAAGCGAUCGAGUUGCUUUAAGUCAAGCAGAAGCACUGGCUGAAAAUGGUAUUUGCUUACCGACACCAUCCAGAAGGUCCCAAAAGAAAAUGUACGAUAACAAAACUUCAUCUGCUACGGAUAUCAAAUGUUCAUUGUAG